UGCAGCUCCACCAGUCUUGGCACAUUGCCCUACGGCCUGCCAUGUAUUUCAUUCGAUACAGAUUCCAAUUCGGACUCUUUAAAUGCCGCUCAGCUGCUUCAUUCGGCAUCCGAUCUCUCCGAACGUCCGCUUGCAUAUGAUUACCAAGUUUCUUCGCUCGCUCGGUUGUGUUGAGUUGGCCGUGCUUUGCUCUUUCCCUAACAGAACACAAGCACCGAGGCCAAUUACAGGAGCCAACCACGAGGACAAAUGGGAAAUAAUGAGCGGAGACCAGCCCAGGGCAAUUGCUCUCAUGCCUGGUUCCCUUGUAGGGCCCGGUCCCCAGACUCUCGCGGCGUUGGGCUUUUCAUCUGGCCCAGCGCAAUUCCUGGCCUUUUGUAUCCCCCACCAGCGCUAUUCUUACCAUGACGCACGACCCAUUCGUAUCUUAUCUCGGUUAAUUCCUGUCUUUUCCUCUGUUCUAUUCUUCGUUGCAUUCUUCUCUCGACAUUACGUGACCUGAGUUUGGCUAUCUGGAACUCAUCAUGGGUGUUGGGGCUAUUCUCGAGCCCUUAACAGUCAUUGUUCUCCUCUUCGGAGGCACCUGGAUUAACCGAGUCACCAAUACUUCGUUUUCUCCCACCUAUGAUCGUCGACAGUCAUUUGGAUACUCGCGCUCUGACUCGCCAGACUCACUGGAGUCGGGAUAUUCAAGUCCAAAAUCCAGGGAUGGCCUUUUUAGUGCCCGCUCAUGCUCCCCGCUACCGCAGAUAUCCGACGAUCGAUGGCAUAAACGGCAGCUCAAAAUACUGGGCUCAUCAUGGACGGUGUCUUCUCCAAACACGGAGGUGUUCAAAGACCGAGUACUGAGUCGUCUGCUUCGAAAACUGCCUUUCCUCGUGGAAUGCUGGUACUGGGCUCUGGUAUAUUGGACAUACCAACUCGGUCGUGCAUUUACCGCCGUCACCCUUCAGGAGGACACCGUCGACGUUGCCAGGAGUCAUGCCCUCAGGUUGAUCGAAGUAGAGGAACGCCUUGGAUUAUUCUGGGAGUUGCGCAUUCAGCACUUUUUCCUUAAUCAUCCUCUGGUUAUGAAAUGGAUCAAUUGGAUCUACUCCUUCAUCCACAUCCCGGGUACAAUUGCGUUUCUUGUCUGGCUAUAUUACUAUACCAUCACUCGCAAUCGGAUCAACGAGCCCCAACGGGGGAAGCCUCGAGGAGCUAUGAGUGGAUCCCCAGCGGGCCCAUUGCUGUACCAGGCACGACGACGCACGCUGGCUGUAUGCAAUUUGCUCGCAUUCGUGGUGUUCACUCUCUGGCCUUGCAUGCCACCACGAUUGCUGAGCGAUCCAGAUGUUGAGGGUCCAGAGGGAGAGCUUAGUCGCAGUUAUGGCUUCAUCGACACAGUCCAUGGGGCGAAUGGAGCUGGAAGUGUAUGGACAGAAAACAGAUUCUGCAAUCAAUACGCGGCGAUGCCAUCCUUGCAUUUCGGUUACUCCCUCAUGAUUGGACUUACCAUAAUGACGAUUCCCCUUCCAUCAAAACAUCGACGAGCUCUCCGUCUUCGCCUCGGCUGGAGCAUCGGGCUACGCCUCCCGUCAUGGCGAAGAAUGGUCUGUCUGGCUCUCGGCUUUCUAUAUCCGUUCAUAAUCUUGGUGGCUAUUGUGGCCACAGCCAACCACUUUAUUCUGGAUGCAAUUGCCGGAGCUCUGGUAUGUGCCUUGGGUUGGUGGUCUAAUGGAGUACUGCUGAAUCUGUUGCCGGUGGAGGAUUACUUCCUCUGGCUGGUUCGGAUUCAUAAGCCAGAGCCAUCAUCCAUCAGCAUCAUUGACCGGCUGUCCGAAGAUUGGGACUCGGAAGAUCCAGAGAUACGACAGGCUGUAAUUCCACCAUGAAGCACAUGCACAUACUUGAUAGUCGCUGAGUCUCAGUUUAAUUGCGUGAUUCACUUUGGCCUUGUUUAUACCCCCUAAAGACCCGCCGUGCCAGAGCUUAUUAUUAUCUCGUGAAUAUGGCAGAGAAUCAUCAUU